ACCUCUCUCUCUAACACCCUCACCUUUCUCCCUCUUCCUUUUCUCUCCCCCCAGAGCCUCGUCCUCCUCAUCAGUCGACCACCCAUCACCUUUUCUCCCCCGCCGCUUCCUGCCGCACCUCUUCUUCACUCAACCCUACUCUACUCUAGGUAAGUUGUCAGGAACAACAAUCCCAUUGCCACCGCGCAUCUGCCACCGCGCACUCCAAUCUUUUCUCUCGCGCUGUUCGUCAAUACUGAACAAUCAAUUUCUCGUCUCUCGCCCAACAUCUGCGCGUUCUCGUAGUGCACAAUCCAGACUCACGCCGCCAUUCUUGCAUUCCAUUCAUUCUCAUUGUCUUCCUACUUCUCUAACACUCCUACAAAGCUCCACCGCCACUACUCCCUCUCCCACAUCCCUUCCUUCAUCAUGUCUGCCGAAGACUCUCAACAAAACUCCCAGGUCGUCUCCGACUCCUACGAGCGCCACAAUGACGACAGCGACGUCGUCCCCCGCACCGAGCAGGAGUACGCAGAGUCCCAGCUCACCCUCCGCGCCAUCGUGUCUUCCAAGGAGGCCGGUGUCAUCAUCGGAAAGGCUGGCAAGAAUGUUGCCGACCUGCGCGAUGAGACUGGCGUCCGCGCCGGCGUAAGUAAGGUCGUCCAAGGUGUUCACGACCGCGUCCUCUCCGUCACUGGCUCUCUCUCUGGCAUCGCCAAGGCUUAUGGCCUUGUUGCCAAAGGCCUUCUGGAGGGCGCUCCCCAGAUGGGAAUGGGCGGCCUCAUCCGCAGCGAUGGCACCCACCCCAUCCGUCUUCUCAUCUCCCACAACCAGAUGGGCACCAUCAUUGGUCGCCAGGGAUUGAAGAUCAAGCAGAUCCAGGAUAACUCCGGUGUUCGCAUGGUCGCCCAGAAGGAGAUGCUUCCCCAGUCCACCGAGCGCAUCGUCGAGGUGCAGGGUUCCCCACAAGGAAUUGAGAAGGCUGUCUGGGAAAUUGGCAAGUGCCUGAUCGACGACUCCGAGCGCGGUUAUGGAACUGUGCUCUACAACCCCGCCGUGCGCGUCCAGCCCGGUGUUGGACCGUUGACAAAUGGUUCGCCAACCCUCAGCACUGGACGUUCCUACAACCGCACCGGUCACGGUGCUGACUUCAGCGACGCCCCGCCCCCUACCUACAACAACCGUCGUUCCGGUUCCGACGCCGCCAGCAGGCCACCCCCUCCCACUCACACCGAGGACGGAGAGGAGAUGCAGACCCAGAACAUCAGCAUUCCGUCUGACAUGGUUGGCUGCAUCAUUGGCCGUGGUGGUACCAAGAUUAGCGAGAUCCGCAAGAGCUCUGGUGCUCGCAUCUCCAUUGCCAAGGCUCCUCAUGACGACUCUGGCGAGCGCAUGUUCACUAUCACCGGAAGCGCAGGCGCCAACGAGAAGGCCUUGUACUUGUUGUACGAGAACUUGGAGGCCGAGAAGAUGCGCCGCAGCCAGGCUCAGGAUUAGAUUGGACUCCAUUGAGAUCUCGAUUGGUGGAUUUCGAUUGCAGUUUGCUAAGGGCGACGUACCAGGAUGGAGAUACGCGCCUCAGUUGCACGUUGACUUAAUCUUUGGGCCGGUCGUCAUGAUGGUUCCGGAACGUUCAGGCCUUCGCUUCUAAUUUCCAC